AUGGCCAGUGUGCCUCCAAUGCCUAGCUUCCGACAUCCCUUGCCGUUUUCGCCUGAGGAGUAUGCCAAGCGGUUGAAACAGACCCAAGAAGGAAUGGGAAAGCAGCAGCUGAACCUCCUCCUGGUUACGGAGCCUGAGAAUAUUUUCUACCUGACAGGGUUUCAGACAGUUGGGGAGCCUGAGAUCCAGGCGUUGAUCAUACCCGCUGCUGGUGAGCCCAGCUUGGUGACCCGUCUCUUGGAAGUGACAAAUGCCACUUACCGCAGCAACCUACGCCAGAAAAACCUGCAUGCUUACGCCGAUUUCGAGAGUGGUAUCGACAGGGUGUGCGAAGUGCUUGGUUCACUCAGUCAGAGCUGUCGUUUGGGACUGGAGCUGCAAUCUCGGCGCCUCUUCGCGAGGCACCUGCGCCGCCUGGAGGCAAAGCUGGCUGGUUGGACGCUCUGUGACGCAUCCCAGCUGGUUCCGGAACAGCGGCUGGUGAAGAGUGCGGCAGAGUUGGCGGUGCUGCGCCGUGCGGCAGAGAUCUGCGCUGCCGGAAUGCGAGCUGGCCAGGCAGCCCGGUGUGGGAUGGCUGAGACGGAGAUCGCCGGCCGCGUCUACGCGGCCAUGGCCCAGGAGGGAGGAGAGUAUCCUGCCUAUCCGCCCUUUGUCUGUGCUGGGCAGAAUGGGUGUUUGGGCCACUACACUGGCUCCGGCGGCAGCUUGCUAAGGGAGGGUGAGCUCUUGUUCUUGGAGAUAGGGGGUUGCUACGAACGCUACCAUGCAGCGAUGAUGCGAAGCUGCUAUGUGGGCACGAAGCUUCCGGCCGCCUUAGCCUCAGCCGAAGAGGCCGUUGCCAAGGCCAUGGAAGUUGCAAUGGCUGCAAUGAAGCCCGGGGUUUUGGCCAAGGAGGACUGGGGGGAGGCUCCGUUCUUCAAGAUGGACCCCGGCUCGGACCAGGUCUUCCAGGAGGGCAUGGUGAUCCACUUGAUCCCGUGGGUGCAAGUGCAGGGUCACGGCGGCGUUGGGCUCAGCGACACUGUGCUGGUGACCAAGAGUGGUGCGAAGUCGCUGUUCGACUGCCGCGAUUUGCCUCAGAGGAUCCAUCUCAUCCCUCCUCCUGCGCACCGUCCCUUUGGCCCAGAAGAAGCCAGAAAGGUUCGAUGCGUGCUUGGCUUGGAACCUACGCCUUUGGUAAAGAUCUCCGAUGGCUUCCCUGGCGUAGCAGCUGUCUACGUGAAAGACGAGUCCAAGCGCAUGGGCUUACAGGCUUUCAAAGUGGUUGGCGGCGCAUAUGCCAUGCUCAGGUUCAUGUGCAAAAGACUGGCGCAGCCCGUGCCGGAGACCAGCGAUCGGGUGAGGGCCGUUCAAGAGCUGUAUCAAGAGCGCUUUGGGGCCACCACCUUCGUCACGUGCACUGACGGGAACCACGGUCGAGGUGUUGCUUGGGCGGCGAAGAACUUCGGCCAGCGAGCGGUAGUCUACAUGCCAAAGGGCUCCGCAAUGCAGCGCUUGCAGCACGUGCGGGACCUUGGGGCAGAGGCAGAGAUCACCGAUCUGAAUUACGAUGACACUGUGGAGCUGGCAUUUCAGCAGGGAAGAGAGAAGCAGGGGUCCCCAGCAGACACCACCGCCCCUGGUUACACCGAGAUUCCCGAAUGGAUUAUGCAGGGCUAUACUGCCAUGGUGGACGAGUCUUUGGACGAGUCUUCUGAUAUGCCCAAGCCGAGCCACGUGCUGUUGCAGAUGGGAGUCGGCUCGAUGGCCGCCGCCGUGGUCGGCUACUUCCGAGCCCGAUUCGGGGAAAGCUGCCCUAAAUUCCUGGUGAUCGAGCCCUGGAACGCUGCCUGCGGUUUUGCCUCAGCACGCGCAGGGGAGCUGCAGAGUGUAGGUGGUGACUUGGAGACAAUGGUGGCAGGUUUGGCCUGUGGCGUCCCAAGUUCUUUGGCCUGGCCAAUCUUGUGGCAACAUUGCUCCGCUUUCAUGCGCUUUCGGGAUGACCUGGCAGGCAAUGGGAUGCGUUUGCUGCACCGCUUUGGCUUGGAGGCCGGUGAGUGUGGAGGUGCCGGCGCUGGC